CGUUCACCUUAAUGGGAUUCAAUUAAUUCUUAGCGAGGGGGGAAAGGAACCCUCACCUCGGUGGGCAAACAGAGUGAUUAAAAACCUUAGGGGUGUGUGGGAAAAUCCCGGUGCUUCUCAAAAGCACAAAAGAGCAAUCGGAAAUAAAAACAAAGCAAAAUCUGGUCACUGUUUACUGCUUGGACUACCGUUGGUGGAGAGUUGUUUCUGUUGACCAGGGAUGGUGCCGUGGGGUGGGAAGGCCCAGCUGUUGGGAGAUAAUAAAAGAAGCGGAGUGGGUGAAAGGGAAAAGCGUGUGUGGGUGUCCCCGUGUGACGAGGAGGAGGUUGCGAGCCGGCCCUGGUGAGGACAAGGCUGGACCGGGCAGUCCGGCUGCAGACGGAGCCCCUCUGACUCCGAAGGACGUGCAACUCAAUCUGAAGGACCCGACCACAGAGUAAGCAGAUGCAGGAUUGUGCCCUUAAGAGGGUUGGAAGAGCGUGCUGGUUUCUCCUAAGGAAAAUGACGGUGACGAGCUGGCCCCUCAUCCUGGCUCUCUUCCUCCCUGCUUUCGAGAGCUUUAGCGGUCAGCAGAUGGAGCCGAAGGGUGAAAAAGAAGAAGCUUUCCUCCGACCUCGGAGGAACCCCAGCGGACGAUGUCUUCCUAACCCCUGUUUCCACCAGGGAGCCUGCCAGGUAGUGGAUGACAAUCCAAGCUGCGUCUGUAAGCCAGGGUUCACCGGUCCCUUCUGUAAAGAAUUGAUGGUGAAACUGGAGUGCGAGGAAGAGUACAUGAAGAUGAUGGUGAGGAAGGAAGCCUUUGAGCUGCUGAAGAUCCCCUUGGCAUUGGUCCAUUUGAAGAACAGGUCCUGCAAAGCUUCCGAAGUGUAUGAAGAAGGGGAGGGCUACUGGGGAGCAAAGCUGACCAGCUUGAACCACACCGCUUGUGGGUCGGACAUUAAGGUGAAUGGCUCCCACGUGUCCUACUUCAAUAUGAUUGAGUCAGACAGGGAGAUCCGGGGCGUGAUCACCAGGAGCGUCCUCCUCCGUGUGCACUUCUCCUGCGUCUACGCCUAUAAAGGGGUGGUUGGCCUGUUCCAUCCACUCCGGACUGCAGACACGCUUGUGCAGUUUGCCGUGAAGGAAGGAGACUUCACAGUGACCAUGACGCUCUACAAGAGUGCCAGCUAUGACGAGGCCUACCAGCAGCAGCCCUUGCUCCUGCUCAUGACCGACAUCCUGUACGUCCUCCUCCGCCUCGAAGGGCAGGCUCAGGUGAAGUACUUCUUCCUGAGUGUGGAUGAGUGCUGGGGGACGCCGACGGCCGACCCGAAAGACAACACCAAGCACCCGCUGAUCAUGAAAGG